UUUAAAUUUACUUCAAUCAAGUAGUGGUGGAAGAAAGAAGGGGAAUUCCAAAACCAAAAAGGAAAAAGGGUCCAAAAUAAAAACAGAAACUCUGAAUAGAGGAGGACCCUGUUUCUACUGUUCUAAACUCUCAAAAGAUCUUGUUUGGUAGUGUUACAAAACCCAAACCAUAGAGGGAAGAUUCCAUUGGUCAUUUAUUCUUUCUAUUCUUGUGUUUGCCGUCCGUUAAUUCAUCGUUUGUUCGGUCUUUUCCAAGUUUGUUUGGCUCUUGGGAUAACGCUAGCACCAUCACCAAACUCUUCCUCCAAGCUUCAGCAGCUGGGGUGUUGUUUUUAUCAGCUUUCCACAAAAAAGUUUCCAUUUUUGGUCAGAUCUUCAUCUUGCAGGGUUUGUAUUCUUUUAACAAGCAUAUCUGUUUCUAGUAAGGAGGAUCCACACCAAUUGCUAAAUGGUGAAGAAUAGCUCCUGCAUAUAGUUUUAUGAGCAUACAGUUAGAGAAGCGCCGAUAUAAAUGGGGAUCGUUAAUCGCAGUUCUAUUAUUAGAAAACCAAGUGAAAUUAUGAGGCUUAUUGUGACAACUUUUAUUGGAGUAGUUUUCGGCUUCUUUAUAGGCGUAUCAUUUCCAACAUUGACAAUAACAAAGUUGAAUCUCCCAUCUGGCCUGCUUCCCUCCAUUGAUCUCUCUUACAUUGAAGACAAAUAUACAGGUCGCCACGCUUGGUCUUUUGUGAAGAAUAAUAACAGAAGUUCAUCACUAGGUCAAUUAUCAAAUGAUACAUUAAAGAUUUGGGUUCCAUCAAAUCCAAGAGGUGCAGAAAGAUUACCUCCCGGCAUUGUUGAAGCUGAAUCAGACUUUUAUUUGCGUAGAUUGUGGGGUAAACCCAGUGAGGAUUUAACUUCGGAACCAAAGUACCUUGUAACCUUCACUGUUGGCCUUAAUCAAAAAAAUAAUAUUGAUGCAGCUGUGAAAAAGUUUUCAGAGAACUUCACAAUCCUUCUAUUUCAUUACGAUGGCCGAACAACUGAAUGGGAUGACUUUGAAUGGUCAAAGAAAGCAAUUCAUGUGAGUGCUCGCAAACAGACCAAAUGGUGGUAUGCCAAGCGGUUUCUGCAUCCUGACAUUGUGGCAGCAUAUGACUAUAUAUUUAUAUGGGAUGAAGACCUGGGCGUUGAGCAUUUCAAUGCAGAAGAGUACUUAAAACUGGUGAGGAAGCAUGGCUUGGAGAUUUCACAGCCCGGUUUGGAACCUAAUAAAGGUUUGACAUGGCAAAUGACAAAAAGAAGAGGUGAUAAGGAAGUUCACAAAGUAACAGAGGAGAAACAGGGAUGGUGUUCUGAUCCUCAUCUGCCUCCUUGUGCAGCGUUUGUGGAGAUUAUGGCUCCAGUUUUUUCGCGAGAUGCGUGGCGCUGUGUAUGGCAUAUGAUUCAGAAUGACUUGGUCCACGGGUGGGGUCUUGAUUUUGCUCUUAGAAGAUGUGUUGAGCCCGCACAUGAGAAGAUUGGAGUUGUUGAUUCUCAGUGGAUUGUUCACCAAGGUGUUCCCUCACUAGGGAAUCAGGGCGAAUCAGAAACUGGGAAAGCACCAUGGCAAGGGGUGAGGGAGAGGUGUAGAAAGGAGUGGACCAUGUUUCAGGGUCGGUUGACAAAUGCAGAAAACGCGUAUUACAAGUCCAUUGGAAUUGAUAUGUCAAAUUCCACUCUUCAUUAGAGGACAACGACCAAAGUUGACUUGUACACAGCUAUUGCCCCCAUUAUGCCUAGAUAAAAAAAAAUGCUCCUAUGUAACAUUAGUUACAUGAAAUCACAAUUUAGAGUCCUAGCUAGAGGCCAAACUUCAAUUCAAUGUAGAAUUCCAGUGAUGAAAGUGAGUAAAUCAAGUGAAGAAAAUUAGUACUUGCGUUGUAACUCGUCUCAAAAACAAUAAUACAUGUGCUUGUAGGAAAUGGAAAUGCCUCUUUGUCCUUGAAUUGGAGCUGAUAACAGAGCUAUGUAUAGUUUGAAUUUUCUAAAAUUGAAAAAAAUAAAAAAUAAAAAAAAAGG